AGACGCCGGUGGGGCGGCCGAGGCUGCUGUGAGAGGGCGCUCGAGUCUGCCGAGAGCUAGCUAGCGAAGGAGGCGGGGAGGCGGUGUCUGCACUCGCUCGCCCGCUCGCUCGCUUCCCGGCGCCGCUGCAGGUCCGCGCUGCGUUUCCUGCUCGCGAUCCGCUCCGUUGCCCGCGCCCGGAGCAGCAGCCCCUCGGCCGGGUCCGAGCUCGGUUCGGGAGUCUUGCGCGCCGGCGGACACCGCGCGGGGAGUGAGCCAGCGCCACACCUGUGGAGCCGGCGGCCGUCGGGGGAGCCGGCCGGGGUCCCGCCGCGUGAGUGCUCUGGGCGGCGGGCGGCCCGGGCUGCGGCGGAGGCGCGCCCCCCGGCUGGGCGCCGCGGGCACCAUGGGGCUCCCAGCGCUCGAGUUCAGCGACUGCUGCCUCGAUAGUCCGCACUUCCGAGAGACGCUCAAGUCGCACGAAGCAGAGCUGGACAAGACCAACAAAUUCAUCAAGGAGCUCAUCAAGGACGGGAAGUCACUCAUCAGCGCGCUCAAGAAUUUGUCUUCAGCGAAGCGGAAGUUUGCAGAUUCCUUAAAUGAAUUUAAAUUUCAGUGCAUAGGAGAUGCAGAAACAGAUGAUGAGAUGUGUAUAGCAAGGUCUUUGCAGGAGUUUGCCACUGUCCUCAGGAAUCUUGAAGAUGAACGUAUCCGGAUGAUUGAGAAUGCCAGCGAGGUGCUCAUCACUCCCUUGGAGAAGUUUCGAAAGGAACAGAUCGGGGCUGCCAAGGAAGCCAAAAAGAAGUAUGACAAAGAGACAGAAAAGUAUUGUGGCAUCUUAGAAAAACACUUGAAUUUGUCUUCCAAAAAGAAAGAAUCUCAGCUUCAGGAGGCAGACAGCCAAGUGGACCUGGUCCGGCAGCAUUUCUAUGAAGUAUCCCUGGAAUAUGUCUUCAAGGUGCAGGAAGUCCAAGAGAGAAAGAUGUUUGAGUUUGUGGAGCCUCUGCUGGCCUUCCUGCAAGGACUCUUCACUUUCUAUCACCAUGGUUACGAACUGGCCAAGGAUUUCGGGGACUUCAAGACACAGUUAACCAUUAGCAUACAGAAUACAAGAAAUCGCUUUGAAGGCACUAGAUCAGAAGUGGAAUCACUGAUGAAAAAGAUGAAGGAGAAUCCCCUUGAGCACAAGACCAUCAGUCCCUACACCAUGGAGGGAUACCUCUACGUGCAGGAGAAACGUCACUUUGGAACUUCUUGGGUGAAGCACUACUGUACAUAUCAACGGGAUUCCAAACAAAUCACCAUGGUACCAUUUGACCAAAAGUCAGGAGGAAAAGGGGGAGAAGAUGAAUCAGUUACCCUCAAAUCCUGCACACGGCGGAAAACAGACUCCAUUGAAAAAAGGUUUUGCUUUGAUGUGGAAGCAGUAGACAGGCCAGGGGUUAUCACCAUGCAAGCAUUGUCAGAAGAGGACCGGAGGCUCUGGAUGGAAGCCAUGGAUGGCCGGGAACCUGUCUACAACUCGAACAAAGACAGCCAGAGUGAAGGGACUGCGCAGUUGGACAGCAUUGGCUUCAGCAUAAUCAGGAAAUGCAUCCAUGCUGUGGAAACCAGAGGGAUCAACGAGCAAGGGCUGUAUCGAAUUGUGGGGGUCAACUCCAGAGUGCAGAAGUUGCUGAGUGUCCUGAUGGACCCCAAGACUGCUUCUGAGACAGAAACAGAUAUCUGUGCUGAAUGGGAGAUAAAGACCAUCACUAGUGCUCUGAAGACCUACCUAAGAAUGCUUCCAGGACCACUCAUGAUGUACCAAUUUCAAAGAAGUUUCAUCAAAGCAGCAAAACUGGAGAACCAGGAGUCUCGGGUCUCUGAAAUCCACAGCCUUGUUCAUCGGCUCCCAGAGAAAAAUCGGCAGAUGUUACAGCUGCUCAUGAACCACUUGGCAAAUGUUGCUAACAACCACAAGCAGAAUUUGAUGACGGUGGCAAACCUUGGCGUGGUGUUUGGACCCACUCUGCUGAGGCCUCAGGAAGAAACAGUAGCAGCCAUCAUGGACAUCAAAUUUCAGAACAUUGUCAUUGAGAUCCUAAUAGAAAACCAUGAAAAGAUAUUUAACACUGUGCCCGAUAUGCCUCUCACCAAUGCCCAGCUGCACCUGUCUCGGAAGAAGAGCAGUGACUCCAAGCCCCCGUCCUGCAGCGAGAGGCCCCUGACGCUCUUCCACACCGUUCAGUCAACAGAGAAACAGGAACAAAGGAACAGCAUCAUCAACUCCAGUUUGGAAUCUGUCUCAUCAAAUCCAAACAGCAUCCUUAAUUCCAGCAGCAGCUUGCAGCCCAACAUGAACUCCAGUGACCCAGACCUGGCUGUGGUCAAACCCACCCGGCCCAACUCACUCCCCCCGAAUCCAAGCCCAACUUCACCCCUCUCGCCAUCUUGGCCCAUGUUCUCGGCGCCAUCCAGCCCUAUGCCCACCUCAUCCACGUCCAGCGACUCAUCCCCCGUCAGCACACCGUUCCGGAAGGCAAAAGCCUUGUAUGCCUGCAAAGCUGAACAUGACUCAGAACUUUCAUUCACAGCAGGCACCGUCUUCGAUAAUGUUCACCCAUCUCAGGAGCCUGGCUGGUUGGAGGGGACUCUGAAUGGAAAGACUGGCCUCAUCCCUGAGAAUUACGUGGAGUUCCUCUAACCGUGGGCCCCAGCAGAACUGCUGAGCUUUACAUGGUAUCCAUGACAACUGCUGAUUCCAGUGUCGAGGCCAUUUCUCUUUGCCACUGAGAAAUGCAACGUGACUGACUCUGUUGCUACCUGUCAACAUGAAUGUUUCUGUGAGCUCUGGUGUCACUCAUCUCCAUGAUCAUCUCAGCCAACACUCAUCAAUACUGCAAGAAAAGAAGUCAAUCAGCAGAGGAGACCAUUUAAUAACUAAGAGGAAGACUUGCAAAGCCGUUUUCUCAUGAGUACCCUGAAUAGGGGGCACUCAUUUUGUUUCAACGGUCCAAACGCCCAACCUUCAGAAAGAGGAAGUCAGAAAUAGUCCCCGAGAGCACACUGCGUAGCUAAGUCUGCUGGGGCUGGGUGAAGAAAUUGGCGCUGAGAUCCAGGCUGGAUCCGUUGCUUUUGUUUACAGUAGGCACUCUCUCUACCCCACCUCUCAGUACUUGAGACUUAAAGUGCUACAGGCAGCUGGGUCUGUUUGCAUGCAGGAUGAAGAGGGUUAAAGCACUGUUUAUAUAAGAUCCAAUCUCUCACCAUCUCUAAAGCAGCCGUUGGCCCGUCAUCAGUGAGAUACAAUCCAGUCUUCUCAUGCACGGGAACACACACACCCUGCGUUUCUCCCUCCCAGGCUAGGAACCUCUCUGCCACCAAGGGCUGCCAUCCAUCGCCUAGUAACCACGGCAACCCAACCUACUCUAAAACCAAACCAAAAAAAUAAAAUAACACAUCCUCUUUGCACGACACAUUUUUUCUCUCCCCUUUUUGGUACACUUUUUUUGAAUGGUUUUCUAACAACUUGAAGCACAGGAUCAAGGAAUUAGGGUGGUCUACUUGAGGCAGAUGGGAUAGUAGCUGGGAACUGUUCCCUUUCUGAUGAAUUUCAGCAGCAUGGGGAUAUAUUUGGAGCACACCCUAGUAACCUCUUGAGAUUAAAUUACAUACUCUUAAUAUUUCUGUUCUUCCAUGCAACUGAUGUUUGUUUUUUAAAGGGUAAGAUGCUGCCUCCCAAUGAGUGAUGCCAUCUGACUGGUUUCCCCAUGUCCUCCCAUUCACCCAUCCCUGCUCCCACCCUUGCCUGCCUCUAACCCACCACUGGCCAGCCCCCUUGCCCUGCUCUGGGCUGCUGAACACUGGUGCUGUGGUGGUUUUCAAGGUUAAUUCCUAGACUAACUGUAUGGCCUAUAGUUUAAAAGGACGUCUAUGUUCACUGCCACUCCGAGAAAGGGAAUUAUUUCUCAGUCUUUCGAGGCAUGAGACUAAUAUAGGCCAUUGUGAUUCAGGAAGAAACCCAAGGUUGGAGGGUGGGAUGGGUACCCUCUGAAAAAGGGAAUUUGCUGGUGAAAAGAGGCUGGAUCUUGUGGAAGACUGCCUUGGAUGGGGAAGUACUGCCUGGACAUUUCAAAUUCACUUGGCCUGUAAACAACAGAGUUUUCCGUAUCUUCCACAAGUGAAUGUCAUUGCAAGGGUGUGACUCUAGACAAACUACAAACUGAUGGACCGUCAAGCUCCCCAGGAGCCCCUCGGAUGGCAGCGUUGCUUCAGAGUGUUUCCUGUUUCUGGAAUUCCUUGUUAGGGAACUUUAAAGAAGAAAAGAAAAACUUGAAUUGUGUUGAAUUACUGUAUCUUUUACUUUUUUUUUUUUUUGAAAAGAUAAACUUGUAAAUAGAGUGAUUUGAAAUACUAUAUGGCAAAGUUUUAUAUUUGAUAUUCUUUAAGCUAGUUGCUCACACACUUAGGCUUCGAUUGCUAAAGAAGUAUGUUUAAGAGGGAGAGAGGGGAGGAAAAGGUGAAGAGAGUCAAGGUCACUGUCCCCCCUUCAGCAUGAAGGAAAGAGAAGACAUUCCUAUGGCCUUGCUCUCUGCUGUCCUGUUGGUGGGCAUGACGCAUCAGUGGUGUUCAGUCUUUAUGUGUGUUUAAGCAUCCCUUGGGCUUUGGAUUUGGAGAUGGGAAGAGCAUCUCCAGGCAAUGAGUUUUUCAAAGAAUGCCUACUUAGUAGUAAGGUGAAGCUCAGGAUUUAAAUAAGUGGGGUCAGGCAUUCGAGUUUUUGUCUUUCUUCUCAGGUGUAUUUCUUGGUACCCCCAAGAUAUCAGGACAGAAAAAGAUGUGUCAAUUGCUGUGCUCUUUACUUCUUUUUCUCCACAUCUUCUGAGGCUUAGAAAUGUGGACGAGCUAGUUUUCAAAUUGUGUGUGCGUCUGUAAGUUCUUAAAAAACCAGCUUCUUAGAAUGUUCAGUUCUCAAUGUGCUGCUGCUUUCCCUUCUCCUAAACAUUUUAAAACUCUUCCCUUUCACCUCCAAUUCCCUGUGAUCCCAAAAGAAGAGGAAGACUCCAGGAGGGAUAUAGAUUGUGCCAUCAUAGCUUUACAGGUGGCUUUAAAGUUAGCAGGGGUUUGUCAUGGUGAUUCAUUACUCAGUUUAUCAGCUCAAGGAUUAUACGGCUCUUUUCCAGGAACUCACCCAGGAGCAAGCGAGACACUACCAUUGAAUCAGGGAAUAAGAAUUAAGAAUGGACAGGACCAGGAUAGAACUCAAGAAAGCCAUUGGGGAAAGCUUGAGAAGAAAGGGAGUAUACUAAUAGAUUAGAUCUGUGAACUUGAGGACAAGAAGACCUUGGGAAAUGGGGGCCUCAGGGGAUGUGCAUUCACAUACUAUUGUGCUUCCCAAAGAGAGACCAACAUCAUGCUUUUAACACAUUUGAUGAGGUUUUUUAUUUGUGUUUUUGUUUGUUUGUUUUUUGAGACAAGAGUCUCGCUCUGUGGCCCAGGCUGGAGUGCAGUGGUGCAUUUUUGGCUCACUGCAACCUCCACCUCCCAGGUUCAAGUGAUUCUCCUGUCUCAGCCCCCCAAGUAGCUGGGACUACAGGUAUAAGCCAUCACACCCAGCCGGUUUUUUGUAUUUUUAGUAGAGUUGGGGUUUUGCCAUGUUGGCCAGGCUGAUCUCGAACUCCUGACCUCAAGUGAUCUGCCUGCCUCAGACCCCCGAAGUGCUGGGAUUCCAGGUGUGAGCCGCUGCGGCCGACCACAUUUGAUGUUUGAAGUUGUAAUCUGUCCCAUCAUAAACUUACCUGGAGCUCAUAUGGAGGAACAGAAGGCCAAGAUCCUUGCUUUGGGGGUGCCUCAUGAAGCAUCCCUGUAGACACUUGGCCCCAGCUUCACUGCUUGGAAGCAUGUCCCUCCCUCUUGACUUGGCUCUGAUUUGAAACCGGGAGAAACAGAGCUUCUGCCAAUGGGAUCUUUUAGGUAACUCCCUCCCCAGCUUCCGUGUGUCUGUGCAGUGCCCAUGAGCUGCUGCCAAUGGGAUCUUUUAGGUGCCCCCUCCCCAGCUUCCCUGUGGCUGUGCAAUGCCCUUGACAGAUGGCUGCUCUGUUUCCCUUUGCCCAGCCAGGCUUCCCUCCUUCCUAUUAGCUACAAAACUGGAUAAACUUCAGAAUAUGAGCCAAUGAGUAGGAAGGAACUUGAAGACUAAAAGAUUUUACUCUCUCCCCUAUCCAUGCCCCCUACCUCUGACUCUCUCUGUGUGAACAGGAAACUUUAGGGUAGAUAAGGAGAAUGAAUUGGUUAUCAGAGUGGAAGACCGUGGCCCAGGAUCCCUGAACUUUCCCCAUAACCUCCAGUUUCCUUUGUAAGACCCAGGGAUCACUUAGCCAUAGCCUGAAUCUUUUAGGGGUAUUAAAGUCAGCCUCUCACUUUUCCUUCAGGUUACUAACAAAAUUUCAUAGCUAAAGAAUGCCAUGGCCGGGUGCGGUGGCUCACGCCUGUAAUCCCAGCACUUCGGGAGGCCGAGGCGGGCGGAUCACGAGGUCAGGAAUCGAGACCAUCCUGGCUACCACGGUGAAACCCCGUCUCUACUAAAAAUACAAAACAUUAGCCAGGCGUGGUGGCGGGCACCUGUAGUCCCAGCUACUCCGGAGGCUGAGGCAGGAGAAUUGCGUGAACCUGGGAGGCAGAGCUUGCAGUGAGCCAAGAUCACUCCACUGCACUCCAGCCUGGGCAACAGAGCCAGACUCCAUCUCAAAAAAAAAAAAAAAAAAAAAAAAAAAAAGAAUGCCAUGCCAGGAGAAGAUAGCUGGUUUCAAAUCCCUGCCCCCAGGCAAGUAAAACCCUCACUUGCCCAAGACAGAAGAUCUUCUCUCCUGUUUUUCAAAAUAAACAUAUAUAGGGAUGGACCCUGUGCAUUGUGGCCUGCCUUGGUGUCCUAGAAUUGGAGCCAGUCUUUAGCUUAAUGUCUGAAGUAUUUCUACGGCCAAUAUGUGUUUUCUUAUGUCAGACCAAACUGUCUUUUUGAACAUCAUUUCCUCUCACCGAGUGCUUUUCGGUGAGAGGCAAAGAGAAAGAAUGAACAAUCAAGUGUUGACACACUGGCAUUAGCAGGACAGAGGCAUACUAGUGACAAGGGCAUUCCAAGGCACUUGCCCAGAGCUACAGAGUUGUGUGUGCCAUACCCGCGGCUCAAAGGGAAGGCCUUCUAUCCCCUGAGUUUCUAUCGCCUGAAAAUGGCAACUGCUGUCUCAGUAAAAGCUCUGUCUCGACUACAGAGGCUCCAAAAGCAUUCAGAGUUGAGGGGGAGGAAGACAAAGAAGAAGCCAAAGAUAACCUGAUCCCUGCCUGUCUGUUGCCACCUGUCAUCCUCUGGCUUCUGCUCCCAAAAGCAAGUCUGGAUGACUGCGUUUUGUGGACAUGGCACUCCCGGGGACAGCAGUGGCCACCAUGGCACCCAGAGUUUGCCCAAGUACUGAAUGUUUUGUGAGCAACCAUAUUCCCCAAGUAGGUAGCCAGCACUGCAGAAACCAAACAGCCUCUUAGCCACCUGACUUUAAAAGGAAUGACCUAGGUGUUCUGCCAAAGGAGUUAUCUAUCAUCUCUGGCAAACUUGACAAUCAUCACUUACCUCGACAACCCUGCCCCACAUCCCUUUAUAAAGUCAGCCGGAUGUCCUCUCAUCCACCCUGUGCUGGGGUCUAAAAAAUGUAUCUUGUCAUGCUCAAAUGUGUUUGGCAGCCACACCGAUCGGCUGGGUGCUGAACCGCCUCUCUGUAAUUGUAGCAUCAAAAUGACAACAGCAGCAGAGCAGCGAAUCUUGCACAGCCCCACGGCAUGCCUGAGACAAGACUCCAACAAGUAAUAAUUAACUAACUUUUUUUCUCCUGCCGCCUACGGUACCUGUCUAACUAAAGAGCUUCCCAAAGUGGAGAGAAAGGCCAUAGAGAGAAUCCAGGUGUCAUUCAGAGCCAGUCCUUGCUGAAAUGUGGUCUUCCAGUGGAAGCACCUGUAUUAUUGAGAGGAAAAAGUGUUGGAUGCAAAGUAACACCAGGACCAGAGAGAAAGAGAAAGGUGAACCAUCCUAAGGAGCUUUGGAUACCUUUUUAGAAGGAUAAAUAUUGUGCUUACUGAGGAGAAAAAAAAAGCCAUCAGAGAAAAAUUUCGCAGCUAAUAUUUUUGCAAAAGUUGUGCCAGACAUUACAAAGUGAAAACGUCUCUCAAGGUAGAAUGCUUUAGAGAGCAAAGGCGUGGCAUAGACCCAGACCCUUGUGUGGGUAUGACAUGACAUGACAUGUACAUGUCAAAAUUCACUUUAGUAUAAUCAGAACCAGAGUGUUGAUAAACAAAAUGUCAGUUACCUGGAGCAGUCCUGGAGAGGUUAAGACAUUCUAUACUGUUCUACAUCACCAUUUCUACAAAGUUGUCCAGACACCUAAAAGCAGCUUUCUUGGUUAUCCAGAUGCCAGAAUCAACCUUGUAUCUGACAAUGCACAUCUGUUGAUUCUAAAGUAUCUUUGUGUGUGUGUGUAUGUGUGUGUAUACAGCACAUAUUUACAUCUAUGAAGACAUAGACACUCAUAGAGACCCACACGAGCUGGCACUUGCUGAGCCUUUACAGCCUUUAAGACUCGGAGGUUGAGAAUUAGAGACACAAGAGAGGCUGUGGAUGGCCUAUUAAAAUGAUCAAAGAUGUAAAUUCAGUGCCAUUUAAAAACUGUUCAUAUUUAUCAAAUGAUUACUAUCUACAGCUACGUUCUUUGUUAACUUCCUUAAAGUCAUGUUGCAAAAAAGAUCAAACCCAUGAAUGCUUAGUAGCUAAGGCUAGUGUUCAAAAGCACUCUAAAAGAUAUUUUGUCCACAUUUUGGAAAAGAAAAUAUUUGCAUGUUUAAUUCAUAAUGUAGGCUAUCUUUGAGCAUACUGUAAAGUGCUGUGUGAUAUAAUAUCAAUAAAGUACUUAUUAAAUGGCACUUUAAUGUUUUCUUUUAAAAUAACGCACUGUUCUAAACUUCAGUAUUGACUAUUGACUGGUGCAUAGAAUCCAAUGCUGUAAUUAGAAAGUAAUCUGUGACUAGAAUAGACUUUUUCCCUGUUAGUAGCCCUGUUGCCAUGUUCAGGCUUUUAAAAAAUGUGCUUUUGUGUCACAAAAUAUAUCUAUAAAGAAAACAGAAUUUCUGUUCAGAGGCCUCUGAAACUUGGCUUUCUUACAUUUGGUUGGUUUACGUGACAAUACCUAUGAAAUGAGUGGACGUAUGAUUUUUGAAUUAAAUGACUUUUCCAUU